UAUGACGGCGAGGGGCGUAAAGGUGCAAAACGGAUGAGCGCAGAAGUGGAUCUCUCUUCGUAUCGAUCCGGUCCCCCUGUCAAAUCUGCGACAUCCAACAGAAAUGAUUUUCUAUGACACAAUAUUUCUGAUAUUCGGUUUGUGUGCCGUGUCACUGGCAUUGCCGACAAGCCUUUUAGAGGAUAUGAAAGAUGCACAAUUCCACACUCCCGUCAGAACAAAUAAAGUAAAAAGGGCACAAGAAUUCAUCAUGUUUGGAAAUCAGCAAAAUAGGGCGAUUAAUAAUUUUGGAAGUACUAAAAACGAAAAACGAGCAGCCGAAUUAGAUGACAAUUCGCUAGUUGAUGAGGAAGAACCUAUGCCGACCCUGGUCUCAGAUUUAGAAGAGCAUGUUUAUAACAACAACCAACUUGGACAAGGAAGAGAGCCACAAUCGCACAUUAGCCGGGACUUGUAUUACAACAUGCUUCUAAGGAACCUCGAUCUCUCGCAGAACCUCCAUAACGAACCUGCUUACAAUCUUGACCUUCCCUACUACAACAUAAUGGAAUCAAGGGAAAAGAGGGAAAUUAAGGAAAAAAGUUCAAAAGACCAGGAAUGGAAGAGGGAGGACUCGCUCACCCCCGAAGAGCUUCUCGUUUUGUUAAAAGUCUGGGAAAAUAUGGAAAAGCCAAAUCGGAAACUUGCAAAUCCAAGAUAUUCUUUACAUGAAAAUGAUCCAUAUGAUGAGGAAGAUGAAAUGCCAGUUCUAUCUGAUGACAAUGGACCUUGGUACGACAGAGUUGAUUACUAUUCUCAUCCAUCACGUGAAAGGGAAGUUGCAUGGCCAAGGCAACACAAACGUUUUAUGGUGUCCAAACGAUUUGGCCGGGAUUCGAUCCCACCGGUUAUGCCUUUCCAGGAAGAAUAUGCUGAUGAGAUUCCACUUCGGCGACGGUUUCUGCUUUAAGUAUCUUAGAAGAUCUCC